AUAGCCACCCAAACACUCAGACAUAAUUUACAAGCAAAGCCUGUGUGUUUAGUGACUCCGCCAGAUCAGAGGCAGUAGAGAUGACCUGGGAUGUUCUCUUGAUAAGUGUAUCUUAUCCUAGAAGAGCUGGCUUUCAACUUAGCUGUUCCAGAGUCAGCUACUCAGAAGAAAGAAAGUGAUACAGCCAACACAAAUGGACAGGUCUCAAAGGUGUGUCCUGUUGGUCUCCCUCCAAAGAAAGAAAUUGAGACAGAUCGCACCAAUGCAUACAGUGAGUUACCAGCUCCAAUGGAAGCCGGUCUGCUGAGUCCUUGCUCUGCUACCAGAGAGCUGGACUCCAUAAUGGAGGAUUUGCUGUUUGGCCUGGAGAUGAGGCUCCCAGACCCUCCUCCUCCCUCAACCCCACCACCACUUGUCCAGAAGUCAGUCAAAAAGAACCAUGUUGGAGAAAAGAAAGAAAAGGAGGACACCCAAGCGAACCAGGAGAGCACCAACAGUCCUAAGACUUCUGAUCUGGAGCGCAAGGCAUCAACACAGAGAAAAACGGACGCCAUAGAUGACCUUCUAGGAGGCUUGAGCUCUGAUAUGGAGAAGAUGGGUGUACGAACGGUGGCGAAGGGCCACUGUGCUUCCUGUGGCAAGGUCAUUGUGGGAAAGAUGAUCACAGCCCUGGGCCAGGUGUGGCACCCAGAACACUUUGUUUGUGUGGAGUGUCAGGCUGAGCUGGGGACUAGUGGCUUCUUUGAGAGGGAGGGGAAGGCCUACUGUGAGAAAGACUACCAGCAUCUCUUCUCACCUCGCUGUGGUUACUGCAAGGGUCCCAUUCUGCAGAACAUCCUGACAGCGAUGGACCGCACCUGGCACCCUGAGCACUUCUUCUGUUCCCAUUGUGGGGAGCUCUUUGGGGCUGAAGGUUUUCUGGAGAAGGACGGGAAGCCGUACUGCCACAGAGACUUUUACCAUCUCUUUGCUCCAAAGUGCUCUGGCUGCGGAGACCCUGUGAGAGAGAACUACCUGACUGCAGCCAACGGCACCUGGCAUCCCAACUGCUUCGUCUGCUCAGACUGUCUGAAGCCCUUCACCGAUGGUUGUUUCCUGGAGCUGGAUGGUCGUCCCCUGUGCUCUCUGCACUUCCACUCCCGACAGGGUACACUGUGUGGGGGCUGUGGAGAGCCCAUCUCUGGCCGCUGCAUCUCUGCUUUGGAGCGCAAGUUCCACCCUGAGCACUUUGUGUGUGCCUUCUGUCUGCGUAAACUCAGCCAGGGGGUGUUCAAGGAGCAGGCAGGGAAACCUUACUGCUCAGCCUGCCACACCAAACUGUUUGUGUGAGACUUAUUUAACUGAUAAUGCCCGAGAUGCCAUGGUUUGGAGGAUAUAUUGGCACCGGUUCGAGUGCCGGAAAACCGGGCUUCGAGGGCAUUAUCACUUUUCUACAAUGGGUUACCAACAUAUUCAAAUAAUGAUUGACAUAUUUUAAUUAAAAACGUUAUUUUGAUGAAUUUA